GCUGUUGUCAUAGCAACAGGGACGUCAACAAAUUCUACUAAAUAACAAAAAAAAAUAUACCGAUUCUUGAAUUCGAGUAAAUAAAGACGAAUUUAAUUAUCAUGAAGACUUGAUAUCACAACUUCGAAUAAGAUCCAUAAAUAAACUUUGAAUUCCAAGCAAUAUCGAAUUAUGGGUCUGCUAGAUAUAUUAAAGAAACUGCGAUCUAAUCCGGAGAAAGAGCUUCGUUUGCUGCUGUUAGGGCUGGACAAUGCUGGAAAGACGACUCUAUUGAAGCAAUUGGCUUCGGAAGACGUGAACCACGUUAUCCCGACCGCUGGUUUUAAUAUAAAAUCGGUGUUAUCGAAUGGCUUCAAGCUAAAUGUUUGGGAUAUCGGUGGACAGAGGAAGAUCAGGCCUUAUUGGAGGAAUUAUUUUGAGAACACCGAUAUUUUGAUCUACGUGGUCGAUUGUUCAGAUCACCAUAGACUGGAGGAGACCAGUCUAGAAUUAGCCGAGCUGCUUCUGGAUGACAAGUUGCGCGCUGUUCCGCUGUUAGUUUACGCCAACAAACAGGACUUGGCGACCGCAUUACCGGCUAGUGAGAUAGCUCAACAUCUCGGUCUGCACUUAAUAAGAGACAGGACUUGGCAGAUACAAGCGUGUGUGGCCACUGAUGGUACUGGAGUUAAGGAGGGCAUGGAAUGGGUUUGCAAGAAUAUCAACGUGAAAAAAUAACAAAUCAUUCUCGGCCAUAUUUUGCGGUAAACACUGAUUAAAUGUAAUAUUAGUUUGGUAUAGUUGUAUGGUACAACUUUGCUCACGAUCCGCUGUGUCUUCGAUUGUUACGAUUUUUGUUAAAUGGCUUUUGAUUAAGCGUUGUCACUGUUUUAUCGUCAAGGUUUUGACCGUGAGCACAGAAUUAUGUAGGUGCUUACGUAUUUAGCUUUAGAAAAGCUCGGGAUUGUACCGGGCCUUUUGUCUCGUUUAUUUAAUAGAGGCGGAAAGAAUACUUUACCUUUUAAAAUUUUUUUUUAAGCUAUAGCGUAGAUUUUAUCGCGUGCUUUGAGCGCGGUGACCGAAUCAAGAAAUUCCGUAACGAAAACAACCUAACACCUCUUCGCCUACCAUGUAGCUCGCGCUCAACACAUUCACACGUUGCGCUUGUGUAGUGUUUGCAAAUAAGCGCGCAGCGUGACGUCGCACUGCAUGCGCAUCAUGAAAAGUCUGCCCAUCUCUCUCUUGCGCGGUCUUGCUUAUGAGUGUGAAGGGGACAGUUAAUGUUUUGCUUUAGUUAAUGUUUAUAAAAAUAGCGUGGUCUUAUUCUAUUAUUGUUUUAAUAUUAAAUUAUCAUGGUCUAAUUAUAGUUGCAUAAGUUGAUAAAAAAUGCUAUGCAAUAGCUUUACCGUGACAGUCCCCAAGUGCCACACGUGUUUUUAUUUAUUUAUUUAAAUAAACUUUUUUUUUAGUCUAACAGAAAACAUGUCUGUAAGUCGUUUAAAGUAUAAACUGAUUUUCUUAAAAUUUCUUAGUUAUGCCACUUCGGUUGUAAUAGUCGCGAUAUAUUUAGCGAGAAUCACAUCAGAACUCGUGGGUUCCGCUGAUAUUUUUAAGUAAUUUUCGAUAUUCAUUGGUUAUUACUUAGUAGUAAUUGAUCGCAAUUGUACAAUAAGCUUGCCUGUCAAUAAUACUUAAAGCGUAAACAAGAUCUCUAACUAUACUUAGCGUAUAAAAUAGCUUAUUGUACUUAGCAAAUAAUUGAUGUGUUUUCUAAGUUUAGUUAUAAUCACAGCGGACACUAAAGCCUUGUUCGUACUAGGCGAGUAUUUUAGUCGAGUACCGAGUAAUUUAGUAGCUAAAUGUGUUUGAGCACCAAAAAUUUAGUCGAGUAGGUUCGUAAAUAAUUUAGGCGAGUAGUUUAGCCGGUAAAUUACUCGGUAAUCGACUAAAAUACUCGCCUAGUCCGAACAAGGCUUAAGGGAGAGAGUUUGAUUUCCAGCUAAUAAUAAUAAUAAUAAUUUAAUAAAACUCUUACGAUAUUAUUAAUAAUGAUGAUAUUAUAAUAUGCUCGUAAUUCAAUUAUGCGUAUUUCUUGUUUAUCCUCAUAGAUUAUAAUUGGUAAAAAUAAUAUUUUCGAUAUUAAAUUGAUUUAAAUAAUUUUAUGCAUUACGUAGAUUUAACUUCGUGUAUUGAAAUAAAACACAUUUUUAUGAAGGAA